CCACGUCCAAGACAUAUACACACAACACGCGCAUCUCUGGCUGGACCCCGACUCAAGAAGACCUGCGAGUUUCUGGCCCUCGGCUUCAACUUUACCACAGCCUCUCCCAGCCGCGCCUGUGCUCCUUCAGAGAUUGAGUCCCCUCUGGCCGUCAGCCAUGCAAUCAAUCCAAGAUGGCGUUCGUCGACCAUGGCCUCCGUGACCAUGUCGACAUCACCCGGUUCAGGAGCCGAUUAGCUUCUUUAGACUCGGCAUCUGACGCGGAAUCCGAUCACCAUAGGCACCACAGGCACCCCGACGACCAUCGCACUGGCAUCCUUCCAAUGCUUCCUGCUGCUGGUGCCAAUUUUGACGAGGCUGGCGAGAUCUUCCCCCGCACAGUCGCGUCCUCAAUGGCAUCUCUGAGGUCACUCUACGGCCCUGCCACACGUCACACACGACAUUUCUCGCCACUCUCGCGUAGACGUCAGUCGUUUCCCGAGCCUCCCAAUCUCCGGACGCGGCCCAGCAGCAACACGAAGAUGACUCGGCAGAUGCACUCAAGGGCACGACUGGACUUCGAGUCAGGCCAAGCUCGCCAGCCAUCGUCUUUUGUCCGUGUCACCAACCAUAGCCGUUCUCGUCUUGUAACGCCUGCAGACUCGAGCUUGGGUAGUGAAAUGGACAGUCGUACAUCCGGCGCCACGUACGAAGACCAAAGCUUGAGCGAUAGGACAGAUUCUUAUGAUGGUGAGCGCGAACCCAGGAGUGUCGUCCAUUCGGCCCAGGACGAUCCUGUGUUAAAGCAGUUGUACAAAUCUGCUGCCAAGCUGCGAUACAGAAGAACCAAUCUGUCAGAGCUGAUCGAAAGUCUGCGGACUGCUCGAUACAAUGCCGAUGCGCGGCGUAGGGAGCGCAACAAGGCUGAGUUGGCUUUUUUGGAAGCGGCCAGAGCGCAGAUGACGGACAGCCCGCAUCUUAUUGAGCUUCUAGACGAUAUGCACAGAGCUUGCAACGAGCAGGAAGAAGUGGAUCAACGCUUUCGUGAAAUGAUUGAUUAUCUUCACGAGGCUGAACUCGCACUGGACAAGCAGGAGCGCGUCUUCUUCAGCACCGCAGCGAGAUCCAAUACUGCCUACGCCGAAUCUGCAUCGGACGAAGGGACGGCGGAAUCCAGCUCGGUGGACGGUGUAAUCAUUACCAGGCCGCACGCCGACCUGCCGUAUGAAUUACUUGGCAUAACCGGUCUCCGCCCACCAAACAUACACCCUGUCCUGAGCAAGCUACAGGCUUUGAUUCGACAGCUCAAGUUAAUAGAUGAGCUUCUCAUCAAUUUGAGAGGCAGGAAGCAGUCGCUCGACAAGCUCCGCGAUGACCUAACCAGUCUUAAUGUCUCCGGGCUCCGGCGGGCGGCACACGACGCUGCUCAGGCCAACCAGCUUGACACAAAGGCCGUACACGCACUAGAUACGAAAUUCUCGCACGCCAUCAACCGUGAUGACGCAGACUUUCUUCGAUCAUAUCCAUCUGAUCUCAAAGAGGCCAUCAGGGAGCGAGAUCAGACCUUGCAAAGGGUUGCUUAUUUCGAAAGCGAGUGUCGGCGUCUGGGGCUAAUAUCUUCCGUUGACCACUUGCCUCGAGCUUGGAGUGCUUUGUGGGAGGAGAGUCCAGAGGAAAUUCAGCUUGCGGAUGUGACACGAACGGCGCCACGAAGAUCCGUCUUCCCGCUCCUCCUUUCAAGCCCCGGCGCCCUGCUUGAGAGUGAGCCGAAGAUGCCGUAUCAAGCUCUGACGAGUGCAUUGGCGCUGCCGCACACCAAUCCUUCCCGCCAGAAAUUGAUCAACCAGAGUCUACGAGAAGUCAACAUUCACAAUCUUUUGAAAGGUGACGCGCAGCGAGAUCAAGAUGGACGCGUUAGGCUACUGAGCGAAGAUAACAUGCAGGCUCUGGCCACUGUUCAGAAGUCAUGGCACAAGGCGGAGUGGAUCAACCGAUGGCUGCUUCAUAAGCUGCACAUGUCCUCCAUGGAAGCCGAGACAUUCUACGCGACAUCACGAAUCUACACGGAGAUUGUAGACCGUGGACAGUGGCAAAGGGACGCUCUUCGUUUCUGGACCCGGGACCAGGCUGCGAACCCUGAAAAUGUGGCUACGGACCCAACGACAACUGGCAACAGUAUUAAACAGCCCCUCCCAAGUACUUCUGAUCUGUUUGUGGACAGGCGACGCUCCGACUCUGAUAUGCACCUGUACAAAGGGCAUGCACUAUUGAACCACCAUGAGCCUAUUCAACUUGAGAUACUGUAGUUUUGUACCGCAAAUUCUAAUUUGCAUCCAUGGCUCGCACAUCGUGUUCAUCAUGUGACUGCUGUGACCGAACUCAGCACGGCGAGAUAUACUGCAUCGGCACUGGCAGUGGCUCUGGUUGAGCACC